ACAACAUUUUAAAGUUAGCUUUGCGUAACGACUAAACGCACUGAUAAUGACAUCCAGAGGAGUCGCCGACUGUGACGCGGUCGAGAAUAGGAGGCGAAGUCCGUUGGACCAUCUUCCUCCGCCUGCAAACUCGAAUAAGCCACUGACACCGUUCAGUAUCCAAGACAUUCUCAACAAACCCUCGGUGAAACGAAGUUACACCAUUUGUGGGACAGCACACCUGAUUUCAUCGGCUGAGAAGCACCGUUCGUCCAGCAUCUCUGCUCUGGCCAACAGGGCACUGCUCACACAAACCUCACCACUCUGCGCCCUGGAAGAACUAGCCAGCAAAACCUUCAAGGGGCUCGAAGUUAGCGUUCUGCAAGCAGCUGAAGGGAGAGACGGAAUGACACUCUUUGGGCAACGAAACACCCCGAAGAAGCGAAGGAAGUCCAGGACUGCCUUCACCAACCACCAAAUCUACGAAUUAGAGAAAAGAUUCCUGUAUCAGAAAUAUUUGUCACCCGCUGACCGAGACCAAAUCGCCCAACAAUUGGGUUUAACGAACGCCCAAGUCAUCACGUGGUUCCAGAACAGGAGAGCCAAACUAAAGCGAGAUCUGGAAGAGAUGAAGGCCGACGUGGAGUCGGCCAAAACUAUAGGUGACGGUAUUGUACCUCUGGAGAAACUCGCCAAGCUCGCUGACCUCGAGAAAUGCGCCAACGGAACACUCGGACAUCACCCGCGAGCCGAUUCUCCCGCGCAGAGCGGCGGACGAGAAUACGAGCUCGCUCGCAAGCUGCGGAUGUCCCCCCUGUCGCCGUUUUCAGACCACACAACAAGUAAAGAAUGCUCAGAGGACGACGAAGACCUAGAAAUUGAUGUGGAUGACUGAUUGCGCAGUGGGAUAAUGAAAUACAAAAAUGACGACAACAAAGCAGUAACAAUCCUUACUACGAUUGCAACUUUUCCCUGCUGAUAUUCAUACAUCAUCUCAGAACAUUUACUAGUCUGUUGUGACUUUUGUAUCGGCACACAGAUAUUCACAGUAAGCAUGAA